AUGGAUACUGUUGACUUUACCUUCCACACUGGAGUCACCGACUCAGAAUGGUGCUUCGAUGCUGAGGAUUCUAUUUCCAAAUCUAGAUGGUACUUAGCCACCCCAAACAACUUGUUUGGUUUGGACGCCGAAAACGCAUGGCUGGGUGUAUUUGGUAUCAUCGAGUGGUGGUUUGAGCAUGUGGAUCUGGAGUACUACGAGGAUGUUGAUGAUUACAUUGAGUCAAGCUCUGAUGAAGCGGAAAGUGAGGAUUGA